AUGCUCGGCUGGAACCGAGAAAAUAAAGGAAAUCAAAGAAACUGUUUGAGAGAAUUCUUUCUCCAAAACGAGGGGAGAGACAAGAGGGCUUUGGCCUUCACAGUUUCUUGUCUUCUGUUGGCGUCCGUUUUGCUUGUAACUUCAGCUCAGCAAUGUGGAAGCCAAGCUAAUGGUGCCUUGUGCCCAGGAGGCCUAUGUUGUAGCCAAUAUGGUUGGUGUGGUGACACAUCUGCAUACUGUGGUGAUGGUUGCCAAAGCCAAUGUGACGGUGGAAGUGGCGGUGGAGGUGGUGGUGGAGGUGGCGACGGAUACCUUGGUAGUAUCAUUUCCAGAUCAACGUUUGAAGAGAUGCUUAAACAUAGAAAUGAUGCUGCUUGUCCUGCCAAGGGAUUCUACACUUAUGACGCUUUUAUCACAGCAGCCAAGGAUUUUCCUGACUUCGGCACCACCGGAGAUACUGAUACACGUAAAAGGGAGAUUGCUGCAUUCUUUGGUCAGACAUCUCAUGAAACUACAGGUUGGUGGCCAACUGCACCAGGUGGACCAUAUGCUUGGGGAUAUUGCUUUAAGGAGGAAAUAAAUAAAGGGGAUUACUGUUCUCCAGGUACCGAUUAUCCUUGUGCUCCUGGCAAGCAGUAUUACGGUAGAGGUCCCAUACAACUUUCAUGGUACGUUUUCUUUGGCAUCAUAUGUUUUUAG